AUGGAUGAAGCCAAUCACUCUGUCGUCUCUGAGUUUGUGUUCCUGGGACUCUCUGACUCAUGGAAGAUCCAGCUCCUUCUCUUCCUCUUUUUCUCAGUGUUCUAUGUGUCAAGCCUGAUGGGAAAUCUCCUCACUGUGCUAACUGUGACCUCUGACCCUCGUUUACAGUCCCCCAUGUACUUCCUGCUGGCCAACCUUUCCAUCAUCGAUUUGGUAUUUUGUUCCUCCACAGCUCCCAAGAUGAUUUAUGACCUUUUCAGGAAGCACAAAACCAUCUCUUUUUGGGGCUGUGUAGUUCAGAUCUUCUUUAUCCAUGCUGUUGGGGGCACUGAGAUGGUGCUGCUCAUAGCCAUGGCUUUUGACCGAUAUGUGGCCAUAUGUAAGCCUCUCCACUACCUGACCAUCAUGAACCCACAAAGGUGCAUUUUGUUUUUAGUCAUUUCCUGGAUUGUAGGUAUUGUUCACUCAGUGAUUCAGUUGGCUUUUGUUGUAGACCUGCCGUUCUGUGGCCCUAAUGAAUUAGAUAGUUUCUUUUAUGAUCUUCCUUGAUUUAUCAAACUGGCUUGCAUAGAGACCUACACACUGGGAUCCAUGGUUACUACCAAUAGUGGAUUUAUUUCUCUGGCUUCUUUUUUAAUUCUCAUGAUCUCUUACAUCUUUAUUUUGGUGACUGUUCAGAAAAAAACUUCAGGUGGUAUAUUCAAGGCUUUCUCUAUGCUGUCAGCUCAUGUCACUGUGGUGGUUUUGUUCUUUGGGCCAUUAAUCUUUUUCUAUAUUUCUCCAUUUCCCACAUCACAUCUGGAUAAAUUCCUUGCCAUCUUUGAUGCAGUUAUCACUCCUGUUUUGAAUCCAGUCAUCUAUACUUUUAGGAAUAAAGAGAUGAAGGUGGCAAUGAGAAGACGAUGCUCUCAGUUUGUGAAUUACAGUAAAAUCUUUUAA